AUGGCGCCCACCAAGCCAAGCUUUCAGCAGGAUCCUUCCAGGCGAGAACGUUUACAAGCUUUGAGGAAAGAAAAGUCCCGAGAUGCUGCUCGCUCCCGCCGGGGAAAGGAGAAUUUUGAAUUCUAUGAGUUGGCAAAGCUGUUGCCACUGCCUGCAGCCAUUACCAGCCAGCUUGACAAGGCAUCCAUCAUCCGACUUACAAUUAGCUAUCUGAAAAUGAGGGACUUUGCUAAUCAAGGGGAUCCUCCAUGGAACCUGAGAAUGGAAGGACCUCCACCUAAUACAUCAGUAAAAGGACUACAAAUGUGGAAAUCUGAGGUCUGCUUGAUAAAAACACCAUGUGAAGUUAUAGGUGCCCAGCGCAGGAGAAGUCCCAGUGCCCUUGCCAUUGAAGUAUUUGAAUCACAUUUGGGAAGUCAUAUUUUACAGUCCCUGGAUGGAUUUGUAUUUGCACUAAAUCAAGAAGGAAAAUUUUUGUACAUUUCAGAAACUGUCUCCAUCUAUUUAGGCCUGUCCCAAGUGGAACUGACAGGCAGCAGUGUAUUUGACUACGUCCACCCAGGAGACCAUGUGGAGAUGGCGGAGCAGCUGGGCAUGAAGCUUCCCCCAGGGCGAGGCCUUCUCUCGCAGGGUACAGCAGAGGAUGGAGCCAGCUCAGCAUCCUCAUCUUCCCAGUCUGAGACCCCUGAGCCAGUGGAAUCUACAAGCCCCAGUUUACUAACCACUGACAACACUCUAGAGCGCUCUUUUUUCAUCCGAAUGAAGUCUACGCUGACCAAGCGAGGAGUGCACAUCAAAUCGUCAGGAUACAAGGUGAUUCAUAUAACAGGCCGGUUACGUCUGAGAGUGUCACUGUCCCACGGACGGACGGUACCCAGCCAAAUCAUGGGACUUGUUGUCGUUGCUCAUGCUUUGCCACCUCCUACAAUUAAUGAAGUCAGGAUUGACUGCCACAUGUUUGUCACUCGUGUGAAUAUGGACCUCAAUAUCAUUUACUGUGAAAAUAGGAUUAGUGAUUACAUGGAUCUGACCCCUGUAGAUAUUGUAGGAAAGAGAUGUUACCACUUCAUUCAUGCUGAAGAUGUGGAAGGCAUCAGACAUAGUCACUUAGACUUGCUGAAUAAGGGUCAGUGUGUAACAAAGUAUUACCGCUGGAUGCAGAAGAAUGGAGGUUAUAUCUGGAUACAGUCUAGUGCAACCAUAGCCGUCAAUGCCAAGAACGCAAGUGAGAAGAAUAUCAUCUGGGUCAAUUACCUUCUUAGUAACCCAGAGUACAAGGACACUCCAAUGGAUAUUGCACAGCUUCCUCAUCUGCCAGAGAAAACCUCAGAAUCCUCUGAAACCUCUGACUCUGAAUCGGACUCAAAGGACAACUCAGGUAGCAUAUGUGAGGACAAUGAGAACUCAAAGUCAGAUGAGAAAGGAAACCAGUCAGAAAACAGUGAAGACCCUGAAUCUGACAGGAAAAAGUCAGGAAAUCAGUCAGAUAAUGAAAUGAACUGUAAUGAUGAUGGUAACAGCUCAAGCAACCAGGACAGCAGGGACAGCGACGACAGCUUUGAAAACUCUGACUUUGAGAAUCAAAAGGCCCCUGAGGACAGUUUUGGCACUCUUGGCUCUAUGCAGAUUAAGGUGGAGCGCUAUGUUGAGAGCGAGUCAGACUUGCGGUUGCAGAACUGUGAAUCACUGACCUCGGACAGUGCCAAGGACUCAGACAGUGCAGGGGAAGUAAAUGCUCAGUCUUCCAGCAAACAUCAAAAGAGGAAGAAGAGGAGAAAAAAGCAAAAGGGAGGCAGCAUGAUCCGGAGAAGGCUGUCAAGCACCUCAAGUCCAAACGGACUUGACUCAUCUUUGGUGGACCAGCCCCAGCUGCUCUCGUCACCAAACAGUGCCUCAGUGCUCAAAAUUAAAACAGAAAUCUCAGAACCUAUCAAUUUUGAUAACGAUAGCAGUAUUUGGAAUUACCCACCCAACAGGGAAAUCUCAAGGAAUGAAUCACCCUACAGUAUGACCAAGCCCCCCAGCUCCGAGCACUUCCCUUCCCCCCAAGCCAGCAGUAGUUUACAUGUCUCCAUUCCAGACUCCGUUCUCACCCCACCAGGGACUGAAAAUACUGCCAGCCGUAAAACUCAGUUCAGCACCUCAUCCAACUCAGCCUUGGCUCCUGUGUCCUCUGACCCUUUGUCACCCCCACUUUCAGCGUCUCCACGGGACAAACACCCAGGAGGUCCCACAACUUCCAACUCUUUGUUGUACACUGGGGACCUGGAAGCCCUUCAGAGGUUACAAGCAGGCAAUGUGGUGCUUCCUUUGGUUCACAGGGUAACGGGAACCCUUGCUGCGACCAGCACUGCUGCUCAGAGGGUCUACACCACUGGCACUAUUCGGUAUGCUCCAGCUGAAGUUACUUUAGCCAUGCAGGGCAACCUCCUCCCCAACACCCACGCUGUUAACUUUGUUGAUGUUAACAGCCCCAGCUUUGGGCUGGAUCCUAAAACGCCGAUGGAAAUGCUCUACCACCACGUUCACCGACUCAAUAUGUCGGGACCGUUUGGAAGUGCUGUGAGCGGGGCCAGUCUGACCCAAAUGCCUGCAGGGAAUGUGUUCACGACUGCCGAAGGACUUUUUUCCACUCUUCCAUUUCCUGUGUACAGCAAUGGCAUUCACACUACACAGACUCUGGAACGGAAAGAGGAUUAA